AUGUUAAAGUGUUUGAAUUUAAUAUCACCAACCUGCCCAUUUAAUUAUCGCAAGACGCACUUGAUAAAGGUGCCAAAAGAGUUGAUAUACGCAACAGUUUUGGAUAUUCCGAGUUACUCAAGAUUUUUGCCUUGGUGCGAGAAGAGCCAUUGGAUUGACGACGUUGUUACAGCGGGACCUUCGAUUUCUCAGGGUCAACGCAGAGCGCGGCUUACUGUGAACUUCAAGCUCUUGAAGGAGUCAUACGUCUCUGAAGUGACCUUCGAGCCUUGCAGCUUAGUAAGGGCAGUGGCAGCAGAUAGCAGCCUGUUUGAGACGUUGGAUACCGUAUGGGAGUUUGAAGAGCAGAGUAAUGCCACCCUCAUAAAAUUCUAUAUCAUUUUCAAGUUCCACUUUGGAGGAUAUCAGAGCAUAUCUGCUUCCCUGGGUCGUAUGCUAACGGAUACUAUGUUGGAACGCUUCGUAAAAGAGUGCCAUAGACGUCACAGCAGCCUGAUAUUAAACUAG